CUGGAUAGACCUCCCCCAACCAACAAGUUUCUCUUUCCCGCCCUAUCCUUACUUAAAGGCUCACCAGACUGUCAAUUCUAUCCCACAUUGCGCCUAAAGAGAAAAAUCUACUACUCUCUCGGUGUUGGCUUCACUGCAUUUCCAGAUCCAAUGGUGAAGCCAUCUUUGCUUCACUUGAUUUGCGUAGCUUUGGCUGUUUUGAGUGGCUAUGAGGUGAAAGCAGAUAACCCAUAUAGGUAUUAUACAUGGACUGUGACUUAUGGAACUCUUUCUCCUCUGGGUGUGCCCCAACAGGUGAUUCUCAUCAAUGGUCAAUUUCCUGGUCCUAGUCUUGAUGUGGUGACUAAUGACAACAUCGUCCUUAACUUAAUCAACAAGCUGGACCAGCCUUUUCUGCUGACCUGGAAUGGAAUUAAACAGAGGAAAAACUCAUGGCAAGAUGGAGUGCUAGGAACCAAUUGCCCCAUCCCACCAAACUCUAACUACACUUACCAUUUUCAACCCAAGGACCAAAUAGGCUCAUACACAUAUUUCCCAUCAACUCUAUUCCACAAGGCUGCUGGAGGGUAUGGUGCAUUCAAUGUCUACUCGAGGCCUCGCAUCCCGAUUCCUUAUCCGAACCCUGAUGGUGAUUUCACAUUACUUGUUGGUGAUUGGUAUAAUACCAGUCAUAAGAUUUUACAGCAGACUUUGGACUCAGGGAGAUCUCUUCCAUUUCCUCACGGAGUUCUUAUAAACGGCCAAGCUCACGCCACCUUCAGCGGCGACCAAGGUAAAACGUACAUGUUCAGAAUCUCAAAUGUUGGUCUAUCAACCACAUUGAACUUUAGGAUCCAGGGCCAUACAAUGAAGCUUGUCGAGGUUGAAGGAUCACACACCAUUCAGAACAUUUAUGAUACCCUUGACGUGCAUGUUGGCCAAUCCGUGACUGUACUAGUAACCUUAAAUCAGGCUCCAAAGGACUACUACAUUGUUGCAUCGACACGUUUUACAAAGCAGGUUCUUUCAGCAACUGCAGUGUUACACUACACAAACUCGCACACCCCCUUGUCUGGACCAUUGCCUCCACCUCCCGCUUUACAAUUUCACUGGUCAAUGCAGCAAGCCAGAACUUACAGGUGGAAUUUGACAUCAAAUGCAGCCAGACCGAAUCCUCAGGGCUCAUUCCACUACGGAAAGAUAACACCAACUAAGUUUAUUGAGCUGGCCAAUUCCGCAACUCUGAUAAAUGGAAAGAGGCGUUAUGCAGUUAACGGGGUCUCCUAUGUCAAUGCUGAUACCCCGCUAAAGCUUGCUGAUUAUUUCAACAUCUCUGGAGUUUUCAGCUUAAAUUCCAUUGAAAGCGUUCCCUCUGGAGGUGCUGCAACUAUAGCUAGCUCCGUCAUACCGGCGUCCCUCCAUGAUUUUAUUGAAGUUGUUUUCCAAAACAAUGAAAACACUAUGCAAUCUUGGCAUCUUGAUGGUUAUGAUUUUUGGGUUGCUGGUUAUGGUUCUGGCCAAUGGGCACGAGAGAAGAGAGGAAGUUACAAUCUAGUUGACGCGCUUACUAGACACACUGCUCAGGUAUAUCCAAACUCUUGGACUGCGAUACUGGUUUCACUGGACAACCAAGGUAUGUGGAAUGUGAGGUCUGCAAUAUGGGAAAGGCAGUAUCUUGGGCAGCAAUUCUAUCUCAGGGUCUGGAACCCCGUCAAAAACCUCGCUAAUGAAUACGACAUUCCUUCUAAUGCCCUUCUUUGUGGCAAAGCAGCGGGACAUUAAUGUUACAGGCCAAUUUUUCAGUCAUGACGGUAUGACUGCAUUAUUGAUGAGAUGACAAAAGAAUAGGAAAAGAGAGAGCAUUAUUGAUUGUUUGGCGUAGAUGGUUGUGUACAUUUGAAAAGUUUCUUAAUUAUAUUUUUAUUGCCUUGUAUGAUCUAUAUGACAGUCGUCUAUGGUGAAAUGUUUUGUAUACACGUUAAUCUCUACAGUUAUGAUAGAGAUCGCACAUAGGAGCCCGUUGGUAUCUCAUUUAUCCCAGUUGGUGAACACAUGAAUUCACUCG